ACUUCAUGAGCACGAGAGAUCCUCAAUGCAUCCACUCCAUUCCACACAGAGAGAAAAUCGUGCAACACGAUUAAUCGACCCGCUGCAUGGGCUGGCCAGUGACCAGAAGUGACCCCGUCUUGCCCCUCCUCGGCGACAUGAUGGACGUCCUUUGCCGUGGCGAUGAUCCAUUGAUAUUAUGAUGUGCCAGUGGCAGUGGUGGUGGGGCUGCUGAUGGUGGCAGCGUGCGGAAAGCGGUCAUGCUCAUGCGCCUGGCGGCUGUCGCUGCUGCCGGCACCAUGGUGUGUUGCCUUCUGGGUGAGGUGGGAGGAUGCAGGUGGUGGGGCUUGGUGGAGGGCCGGGAGACGGGACCACUCAGGGGGGGCGAGCUGAAAGAGGGAGAACUCCGGACGGCAGCGUCAUAUUCCCAAUGAGAUGUCUGCAGAGAGACAGAGAGACACGGAGAGAGGGAAAGAGAUGGAUGGAUGGAUGGAUGCUGAUCCGGUGAUGGGUACCGAUGAGGAUGCUUCGGCGGAUUUCUCUCUGCGCUCUUUGGUCGCUUCUUCGUACCUGACGAGCGGCAUGUCCAGCUGCUGACACGAAUCCAGCACCCGACGCACCUCAAACUCCCUCGGCCACCUCUGCUCAGGACAACACAUGCACACACACCGCCCCGCCUAUCCCUAAACCCAUACCACACACCCAUCCCAUCCCGACUCACUCACCUCUUUCUCCGAUGCCUUGCUGCUGCUUGGUGUGGACGGCUCCGGCUCAUACCUCAGCUGCGACGGCAGCACGAAAAGCGUUUCAUCGGCUGCCUGCUGCCCUUCUCGCCUGCGGUGCGUGUGUUGGGGAUGGAAAGGGCUGGGCUGGUGCACGGCCGAGCGUCGCGAGGAGGCUGACGACUGCGCGCCGUCUUCGUGUGUGCCGCCGAGGUCUGUUGAGGGUUGUUGCUGUCUGGUGGACAUCAGAUGGGCGUGCAGCAGCACAACCAAGGCCUCACGGUUGAUCUGCAUAAGUAGGGGAAGAGGGAGGAGACAGGGAGGGAUAUGAGUGUGUUGUGUUGUGGUGCGAGGUGGGUGGGAUGGGUUAGGUACGUCGAAUGCCCAGCAGAGAGCGCCGAGAAAUCUGUGCACAUGGGGGUCAGCACAGUCGCCCAACUCAAGGAAACGAAGACACUGAACACACACACGAGACUCAGUACGAGACUCAGUCAGUGGUCUGUCUGUCUGUCUACCAGACAUGUUUGGUGCGAAGGUAGGUUAGGUGUGUGCUCACUUCACUCACUUACUCUGCCCAUGAAGAGGAUGUCGACGUGCAGCCCCGCGGCCAGCUCGUAACGACACGCCUGGCUCAGAAACAACUCCCCUACACACACAGUCAACCAUGGAGGGAGGGAAGGAGAUGUGUCUGUCUGUGUGUGAGUGCGAUGGUGUACCUGCCUACCUCUGGUUGGGUUCCUUUCUGUGUCAGCAAGCUUGUGCAGCACCUUGUCAAACCUACACGCCGUAGGUGCACACGGACCACGAAUCAACACACAUCACAUAGACACAGUCCCCUUUGCAUUGGGUACCGAAAGGCCUGGCAGGCGGGCCUACCGACCUGACCCGACUUACCUUCGUUUUUGCCGCUUGAGGAGGAAGAGCGCCCUUUGUCGCUGACGCACCUCUGUCCCCCGCAACACAGCCUGCAGUGCAGCCAGCCACAGUAAGUAGUAAGGUGAAAGGGAGACAGGAGGGAGGGAGGGAGGGAGGGAUGCUCGAUGGGAUGGCCGUCGCCCGCCGAUUUUGCCUGUGUGACUCACUGGCCGACCAUGUCUUCCUCAAAUGUGGUCAGAUGGCGCGGCAACAAAGCCUCUGUGCGGCGCCUUCGUGUGGAUGAACAUAUAACGACGUUCGGAUUUGUUUUCGUUGUCUGUCUGCCAUGCUAUGCUGCCUGCCCUCCCUACCUGAGUAGCUGGGGUCUCUCUUUCCUCUUCUGCUCGAUGGCCAGCCGCAGCUGCCGCGACAGGCGGCCCUUGCAUCGCUUGAAGAGCACUGCCCGCCGGUACAUGACCAGCUGCCCAUGCCGACGGACUUUCUUGACACUCUCUAGAGGCGAUGGCGACGGUGUGUGCAGUGCCACGGGUGGCACAUUCGGUGGCACACCACUGGCAUCAAUCCGGCGCGCAGCGUCACUCGGUGCAGGAGAGGCGCGCGGAGCCACUGACAUCACACGCAUACAUCCAUUCAUCGGAUGGGGACAAGAGAGGGAGGGGAGGGGAGGGGAGGGGAGGGGCGGGGAGAAAGGGUUGGUUGGGUUCCCUACCUUUGCCUAUGUCUUUUCGUGCGGCUUUAUCCAACUGCUCUUUGAGCUGGUCGGCGGCCAUGGCGUUGCGCCGCUCGCGAGGCGACCGCUCCUUUGCCUCAGAGGACAGCAUUGACCGUCUACAGUAAGUGCGUUCGUUGCGGAGAUGCAUGGCAUGUGUGGCACACACAGUGCGGGAGACAUGAGGCACUUUACUUUGUGGCUUUGGUGUGUCUGUCGAUCUUUGGUGGGUACGUUACGUUACGUUUGUUUGGUGGAAGUGUCGCCAAAGGCAUUGUUGAGCUGGACGGCCAACGAUGGGGACACUUCACGCGCGGCCUGGUCGCAUCGCAUCCAUGCCAUGGACGCAGAAGGGAUACAUACAGUUGUUGGUGUAUGUAUGUAAGUGCGUCUAAGUCGUUCGCAUACUGACCUCGGCCUCUUUGUGCCGCUUGAGUGCGAUCUUCCGGCGUCGCUUGGUCUUCACACACACACACACACACACACACACAGAGAGACACGUAUGGGAGAUGACAGGGGGCAGUGGGGCUGUAUCUUACUUACAUCGAGCGACUUGAGGAGCUUCUCGGUCUUGCCGCUCAGCUGCACGACACAGAAGUGGAUGUGCGGAUGGCCUCUUUGCUCACAUCACAUAUGUGUGUGUGUGUACUGUGGGUAUGGGUGGGAAGGGCGGGAUCUCCUUGCGGGUCUGCUGGAAGGCGGAACGGGCCGAACACACAUCCCUGCACUCACGAAUCAUACCGAUCACACACUUGUUAAGGAAGACACAAUUGCAAGGAAGGCUGCGGAUGAGUAGUGCGCCCAUGCAUGGCGCAGAAGGCACCAACCAUAUUUGCUGCAGCAUUUCCUCGUUGACCACCUCGUCACCCCCUCUGCUCCUGAUGGACCGUCUUAAGCCGCUAUCCACCUGCUGAGACAACGACGCACGACGGCUGCUCGGCCCUGCUGCACGCUGCUGCCUUUCUCUGUCCCGUGGCCGCAAUGUGUGCCUGAGGAGGUCUGCAGGCGGCUGUUGUCUCUCUCUUUCAUCGACGUCUGGCCGUCGGUCGUCUGCAUCUUCAUGGUUGUCUCUGUAAGAAGACGCUGCCUCAUCGCCGCUUGUGGUUGUCUCUAUCUCUGAGCCGCUCUGCUCGACAGACUCCUCUCUGUGCAUCGCCGACUGGUCGGGCGGCAGGUGCGUCUCGAUUUCUGGCCACUGGUUGAUCGUCAUCUGAGCGCGCAGCUCGCGAGCAGACGGCCGAGGGGCGGAAACAGCAGGAGUAGCAAAGACGUGAUGGUCACACAGGGGGUGGGAGAGCCGCAGCCGCGAUGGUCUCCCGCCGCUUGUGAUCUUCAUCGGCCUCUUUCGGCUGGCGGCCAUCUGCAGCCUCUCUGCUUCUUUCUUCUUCUCAAAGGCCGCAUUGGGGUUGGAGUACCGCCAGAAGGGAGGUGCAACGGGAUGCUCUUCGUCGCCCUUUGUCUGUGUCUCUCCUCGUGUGGUGUCUCUCGCUCUCUCUUCUCUCCGCUGCACCGACGAAUGCCGGUGCUGUUGCUGCUGCUGCUGCUGUUGUCGGAAAUGGCAGAUGGAGUAGGUGUUGCGGGGGCUGCUUGUGGCUGUCGUCUGGGCGCCAGGCGAUGGCAUCUGAACCUUGUCGUAAUCGUCGUGGAGGAGGCUGGAUGGCGGAUGGUGGGCUGAUGCGUUUGGAGAGAAGAGGAAGGCACUGGUGAUGCCUCGAGCAAACUGUGCUGCCCCUCUCCUCCCAAACAGCAGCUUCAUCUGCGACUGGGCUGCCUGGGGAAGGGAAUCAAGACCUGGUCGAGUCGGGCACACAUAACAUACACGACACGCGAACGUAUCGCAUCGAUGGUGCGCGGUGCGGGAGACGCCGCCACGUCGGUAUGAUGCCUCCCUACCUACCUCCCCUAGCAGCCUUGAGGCGUCUCAUGCUCUCCCUGAUCUCAACCAUCAUGCUCCUGUACCCCUCCACCAGCAGCUGCCGCUCCACAUAGAAACGCGACAGAUCCCUCUCCCGACGCCACACCUCAUGCGCACCCAUCGCCUCACUGCCGCGGCGCCUUCGCCGCUUCCUUCCCUUCUCCACAUCAACGAUGUUGUCUCGGUCAAUGGGCGCCAGCUUGACCGGGGGAACGUGCGUGUGUGAGGGGACGGCCCCUGCUGGCGUGCGCGUGGCGGCUGCCUUUGCUUUGAUGGCCAUCUGCAGCUCAUCGAACGGGAUGAUGACUGAAGGGAGAGAGGGGAGAGAAGGGAGAGAGAGAACACAACGGAUGCCAACCCCAACCUUCUUGUUUGCGUGUUCUCGAGUACCUGGCUGCCUCAUCCGCUGCAACGGGUUGAGUGAGGCCGUGGACGGCCCUCCUGCGUGCAGGCUGCGAAGCGAAGCUGCCUGUCUUCUCCCCGUCAUCUUUCUCUCUCGUCUAUCUGCGGCCGUCUGUUCCUUGCCUGAGUCAACCAAGGGCCUUAAUUCCACAGCUUGUAACAAAACGUGCACCUCUUCUCGACGAAGAGCAUCUCUUCA